AGCAAAGUAGAUUAAGCAUGGGCGAGACCAGAUGAAGCAGCAUCUCCAGCACUCUCACUCCUUUCUAUGAAAAGUGAUCAGUCAAUGGAUCGGCCAAUUGUGUUCAGAAAUGCAGCAGAAAGUUAUAUGGGAGAGAAGGCGAGACCAGAUGAAGCUGCAUCUCCAGCACUCUCACUCCUGUCUGUAAAGAGUCAUCAGUCAAUGGAUAGACCUAUUGUGUUCAACAAUGGAGCGCAAAGUUAUAUGGGAGAGAAGUAUGAGGACCACAUGUACCACAGGGCGAGACCAGAUGAAGCCGCAUCUCCAGCACUCUCACUCCUUUCUAUUAAAAGUGAUCAGUCAAUGGAUCGACCAAUUGUGUUCAGAAAUGGAGCAGAAAGUUACUUUGGUCUAAGACCAGAUGAAGCAGCAUCUCCUGUAACUUCAUACUUCUCUUUAAAAAGCAACCAAUCAAUGGAUCGACCAAUCGUAUUCAAAGACAGAACUCAGCAUUAUCACACUGAACGGGCGAGACCAGAUGAAGCUGCAUCUCCAGCACUCUCACUCCUGUCUGUAAAGAGUCAUCAGUCAAUGGAUAGACCUAUUGUGUUCAACAAUGGAGCGCAAAGUUAUAUGGGAGAGAAGUAUGAGGACCACAUGUACCACAGGGCGAGACCAGAUGAAGCCGCAUCUCCAGCACUCUCACUCCUUUCUAUUAAAAGUGAUCAGUCAAUGGAUCGACCAAUUGUGUUCAGAAAUGCAGCAGAAAGUUACUUUGGUCUAAGACCAGAUGAAGCAGCAUCUCCUGUAACUUCAUACUUCUCUUUAAAAAGCAACCAAUCAAUGGAUCGACCAAUCGUAUUCAAAGACAGAACUCAGCAUUAUCACACUGAACGUCUGAAACCAGAUGAAGCAGCAUCUCCAGCACCCUCACACCUGUCUGCAAAGAGUGAUCAGUCAAUGGAUCGACCGAUUGUGUUUAAAAAUGAAAAUCUAAAAUCAUGUGAGGCACCAUCUCCAGCACCUUCCUUCACAUCUCUGAAGAGUGAUCAGUCAAUGGAUCGACCGAUUGUGUUUAGCCAAGAAACAAUGAGUUACAGCACACUUUCAGCCUCUCUGCUGACAGAGGAUCACUACAAGUGCCCAGUGUGCACAGAGGUCUUCAAGGAUCCAGUUUCCACCCCCUGUGGACACAGUUACUGCAAACACUGCAUUGAUUUCUACUGGAGACAACCAACCCAAGCUAGAUCUUAUGCUUGUCCUCAGUGCAGAAAGAGGUUCAGAAGUCGUCCAGUGUUGAGUGUGAAUGUUGCUUUGUCUAAACUGAUUGACGAACUCCAGAAGGCAGGAUUUAGUCCCGCUCUUCCUGCUCACUGCUAUGCUGGACCUGAAGAUGUGUCCUGUGAUAUCUGUCCUGAGAAGAAGCUCAAAGCUGUUAAAUCCUGUUUGACCUGCACUGUGUCUUACUGUGAGACCCACGUAAGACAACACUACACAGUACCAGCACUGCAGAGACACAACCUGGUGCAGGUGAAUGGAUAUCUAUCUGCCCAUCUGACUACCCUGAAAGAGAGAGAUUUACAGGCAAAACGUUUGUGUAAAGGAUUUGAAAUUCACUGUAUUGAUUUCCCCCCAGAUGUGAUUGAGAUGGCUGCGCUAAGUCGAUCUUUAAGACUUGGAAUGUUGUACGACAGUCACAGCAAUUCUUUCUGCCAAGGUAUCUUUAUGUUAGAGCACAACACCAUUGACUCUAUGAAGGUGUCUCUCCCUCGGCUAAAGACAUGCGUGAAGAUUUUAGAGCAUGACUCUGUGCAAGAGAGGUGCAGAGCACUGGAUAUCUCCUCUGCAUUCUUAAAAGAAUUAUCUGUACUUAAAAAACUGUCUGGAGCUGCAGCCUUUCUGAACCACCCAGGUCAGCCUCAACAUCAGGACAGAGUUACACUACACUACCGAACUACCACUAGACUGGACAUGAUCAGCCAAAAACUGUUACAGGAAGUAACUCUCCAUUCAAUCCUUAAUGCAACAGCUACACAUGUGAUCAUCGCUGUGUGCUAUGGAGCUCAGGCCUUUUUUGUUUUUGAUUAUGUGAAUGAGAAAAGCAGCACAGAGAGAAAUACAGAAAUGGAAAAUGUUAUCAAGAAACUCACCACCAUCAGUUCAAGAGAUGUAUUAUCAAAUCUUAAUGAAACAGAAAAAGCUAACAGCAUUUUUUAUAACUGCAGUCUCUACACUGAUGUGGGUGAUGCAAUGAGUUCAGUUUCUUUUGAUAAGGCAGUGGAGAUCUACGGUUCUCUGCCGACACUGCUUGGAUCUACAGGCGAGAGAGCAGUUCCUCUGAAGGUCUGGCUGUAUCCUCUGAAGAAACUGGACAAGAGCUCAGUGUGUGCUGCUCUAAAUGGAGUCAGUGAAGAUGUAAUGAAUAAAACUGAAAACAUUCUGGAACAUCUGAGAAAACAGAUCAGUAUCUGUCAGGACAUGAUCACAGACUGCAUGAAUGUAAAGUUCAUUAUUUGGUUUCCAGCUCUAAAGGAUAAACUUAUACAGUUUUCAGAACUGUUGCAUGAAUACAUGACUGAUUUGCACAGAAGAAUUGCAGAAAUUGUUAAAGAAGAGGAACAUGAGAAGAGACUGCAAAAGCUCAUUGAAAGCCAUAACCAUUCACCAUUCAGUGCAGAGAAAACAAACCAGUGGCUGGAGAAUAAAGAAACUGAGCUGAAGAUUCUGAGAGACUGCAGAGCUGCAGACAUCACUGUUGUGAAAUCACAGGCAGAGUUACAGAAAGUCAUUAGUCACUCUCUGACAACCAGAGUGAUGUGUCUCACACUUUUCUCACCAGAUGCUAAGGAUGUUUUCCUCGCUGCUUUGAGGCAGAAUAUAUCACAUGAUUUAAUGCCAUUGAAGUCUGUAAUAAAUGUACAACUGUUUAUUGCUGCCAAAGAGGAAAAUGAAGAUGUAGCGCAAACCAAGUUCAUUGCUGCAUUGAUAACUGAUGAUGGUUUUCCAGAAUACUCUGUGCAGUUUUAUCAUGAUGGGAAGAUUGUGAGCAAUAAGGUGAAGUUUGGUACAAAACCAGAACUUGCCCAAAUAGUUCAGGUAAAAAACACCAAUGUGUCCCUGAAACUGAAUCGACCACAAACCAAAAGCAUUGAAAAAUAUGUGGUAGAGUACAGAGCUUUGGGCGAUGAUGGAAUGAGUAACACAACUUGGAAACAGAUUGUUUUUGACGGCACAACUAUCAAUAAAAUAUCAGGUCUAAAGUCUGGCCAUCAAUAUCAGCUGAGGUAUUUAGUUAUUGAGCCGGACUGUAUGAGCAACUUCAGCAAGGUUAUGAACUUUCAGACAGCUGUUGCAGCAACACCUGGGCAACCCUUAGUGAAUAAGGUGGACAGAGAUACUCUCAGGGUCACGUGGCUUAGGGCUGAAGCUGAUGAAGAUUGUCCAGUGCUGCGGUAUAUGGUUGAGUAUAAAGAAGCAGGACUGGAUGGCUGGUCAUCAGUACUAACACAAGGACCUCAGUGUGAAUGUACUUUAACUGUUCCUCACAGCACCUGGUAUAGAGUCAGAGUCUCUGCUGUCUAUGAGGACGUCACCAGUAAACCUAGUGAGGAAACACCAGUACCAGUCGAUGUCUGGAGAAUAGACCUCUCAGAGAGAAAGAGCUCCAUCCUCCUAGAAGUGCUGAAACUGCAAACAAAGAAGAAACCAGUAGAGCUGAGAGACUGGACAUAUGAAGAGAGUGAAGUGAGGGGAUUCCUCCAGUGUCUGCCCUACAUCUCUGAAUUGAGAAUUCAUGAACAUGCUUUAGAGAUGAAGAAAUCUGCUGCCCAGUUUCUGCUGAAUCUGACUGUUGCAGCUUCAAAGUGUGUUACAACUACAGGAGAGAGUUUCAUUAAGCUGUUAACAUCUGUGUGCAGCUACAGAUCAUUUCUCUGGUAUGACGAUAAUGAGUUUUAUGAUGAGCAUCAGGUUGAACACUGUGAUUUCCUGCUGGAUCUGUACUCAUAUGUGAAGGACUAUGAGACUCAAAAAGGCAGGAGUGUCCUUCCAGCAUUACAGCCAGUUUAUCAGUCAGCUCCUGCAGUCUGGAGAAUAAAGCUCUCAGAGAGAAAGAGCUCCAUCCUCCUAGAAGUGCUGAAACUGCAGACAGAGAAGAAACCAGUAGAGCUGAGAGACUGGACAGAUGAAGAGAGUGAAGUGAGGGGAUUCCUCCAGUGUCUGCCCUACAUCUCACAGCUCAGAUUUGAUGGCAUUUUCGAUGGGAAAAAAGAAACCACUGUACAUUUUCUGCUGAAUCUGUUUGUUUCAGCAUCAGAGUUUGAUGCAAAUACAGAAGAAAAUUACACUGAACUAUUAACAUCUGUGUGCAGCUACACAUCUUUCCCCUAUGAGGAGAAUUAUUAUGAUACUGAGGAUCAGUGUGAUUUCCUGCUGGAUCUGUGUUCACAUGUGAAGGACUAUGAGACUCAAACAGGCAGGAGUGUCCUUCCAGCAUUACAGCCAGUUUAUCAGUCAGCUCCUGCAGUCUGGAUCAUAGACCUCUCAGAGAGAAAGAGCUCCAUCCUCCUAGAAGUGCUGAAACUGCAGACAGAGAAGAAACCAGUAGAGCUGAGAGACUGGACAAAUGAAGAGAGUGAAGUGAGGGGAUUCCUCCAGUGUCUGCCCUACAUCUCACAACUCAGGAAUGCUGAGCGGUUCAUCCCGUCACUAUGUAAAGUGUUCGGGCCGAGAGUGAAGGCAGAUCAGGUGACUCCUCUGCUCCGGGCUUUAGACUUCACUGUUACUCUGAGUGGAGAGUUACCCAGCAGCUCCUGCAGAUCUGUGGGGAGAGUUCUGGGCCGUUCGCCCUCGAAACUAAACCUGACUCUGAAGACACACGCCAUCUCUCUCAGAGGACUCAAACUGCUCUUCAAACACCUCACACACCUGCACAAACUGAGUGUGGAAGACGAACUGGUAGUGAAGAUGUUCAGAGCGCUGAGAUCAUUGAAUGGUCCUUUUCCACUGAUAGAGGAGUUUUCACCGCUCACAAAAGACUCAAAGCGAAAUCUCUCUCAUAUCAUGAGCAGCUUGACGUCUCUCCUGAAACUGUUUUCUGUUCAGUGUUUGGAUCUUACUGAGUGUGAAUCAGAGGCUCUGUCUCUCACGGCUCUGUUGUUUCUCCAGGAACCCCGGACUAUCAGGUUCUCUAAAGAGACUCUUCAGCGGCUGGUUUCGCUGGUGUAUGAAGCACAGGAUAAUGAACUGACACACUCUUUCCUGAAGAAGGUGUCAAAGGAUUUGACUUGCUGCUCACUGACCUGGGAAGUGAUUAAUUACCUGCUGCAACAUCAAGUGCAAAACUUCAAGUUGGACUUAAGCAAGAGCAAAUUACCUCGUGAAAACAUCAGAGAACUAUUACCUUGGUUAGAGAGAAUCCAGUGGAAAAGGUACAAGAGUCCACUCAAUUAG